CUUUGUGAUCGCAAGAUAACCACAGAAGCAAUGGCGCUUAACAAAGUACUGUUCUUGAUGCUUCUCGCCUUCGCCACCUCCCACGUAGCCACCGCCGGCGACCCCGACAUCACCUCCGACUUCAUCCUGCCCCCAAACGUCACUGCUGUCGACGGCAGCUUCUUCACCUACACCGGCCUGCGCUCCGCCGUCAACUCCCCGCCCGGCGUCGGCUUCAGCGUCUCCAAGGCCGCGGCGGCAGAGCUCCCUGCCCUGCUCGGGCAGAGCGUGUCCUUGGCCGUGCUCAAGUACCCUGCCGGAUCCGUCAACCCGCCCCACACCCACCCGCGCUCCGCCGAGCUGCUCUUCCUGGUGCAGGGCUACCUCGAGGUGGGCUUCGUCGACACCGGCAACAAGCUCUACACCCAGUCGCUGCAGCCCGGCGACGUGUUCGUGUUCCCCAAGGGGCUAAUCCACUACCAGUACUGCAACUCCGGGAGCGCGGCCGUCGCCGUUUCCGCCUUCGGGAGUGCCAACGCCGGCACUGUGUCGGUUCCUAAGAGCGUAUUCGCCACCGGCGUCGACGACGUGGUGCUCGCGAAGUCGUUCAAUACCGACGUCGCCACCAUCCAGAAGCUCAAGGCUGGUCUCGCAAACUAGUCUCCGAUAAUCGAUUUAAGACGGCUUUUCUAGAAAAUAAAAUUGGAAAGAUAUCAUUAAUGUGCGACUUGGAAUACCUUCGUUAACUAAAAAAACAU